AUGCGGCUCCUAUUCCUGGCGGCGCUGCGGCGGCACACGGGCAACGCAGUCACCGCCCAGCGCGUCCGGGACCAUCUAGAAGCUGCAGGUCAUGUGUGCAUUCUGAAAGAUGCCUUUGACUUUGAAAGUCCAUCUGAAAUCUCAAGCUUCAUCAAGGCAGAGAACUUGGAGGCAGCUGUGGCUCUGCAUUUGUACAGAGGAGGCAGACUUUUGCAAGGUAAUGGAAUUCCUUUUGGAAUCAUCUUUGGUGGAACUGAUUUAAAUGAAGAUGUUAACCAGGGAGAUAAAAACAAAGUGAUGGGAAAAGUCCUUGAAGAAGCCAGAUUUGCGGUCGCUUUCACGGAGUCAAUGAAGGAAACGGCCCAAAGACAGUGGCCACAUGCUAAGGAUAAGAUCUAUGUCCAGAGUCAAGGAAUUGCAACAGUGCCGAACACUGCCUUUAACUGGAAUACUUUUCUUCAGUGUUCAGAGAUUAACCAAAGUGCUGACAAUCUACACGUGUUUCUCCUGAUCUGUGGACUCAGACAAGUGAAAGACCCUCUCUAUUUGGUGGAUGCAUUCUCCGAAUGGCAUCAAGAAGAGGCCAACGUUUACAUGGUUAUUGUUGGUCCUGAAGUCGAUCCAGUCUUCACAAGGGAAGUGAAGGCCAAAGUAAAGAGGAGCCCUGGGGUACGACUGAUCAGGGAGAUGGCUCAGGAAGACCUCCAUGCUGUCAUGAAGAAUUGCUUCGCGCUGGUGAAUAGCUCUGUCUCUGAAGGCAUGUCAGCUGCAAUUCUGGAGGCAAUGGAUUUGGAAGUCCCGGUGUUGGCGAGGAACAUCCCUGGAAACGCCGCAGUGGUGAAGCAUGAAGUUACAGGAUUGCUGUUUUCAGACCCUCAGGAGUUUGUUCAGCUGGCAAAGAGACUGGUGAGCGAUCCGGCAUUAGAGAAAAAAAUUGUGGCCAACGGAAAGGAGUAUGUGAGAAAGUAUCAUUCGUGGCAGGAGGAGAGACAGACCUACAGGCAGCUGGUCAGGACGCUGGAGAGAAGCACUGAGGACUAA